AUGGUUUUUCAGAUAAAUAUUUUAAUUGAGCAAGACUAACCAUAGUAUAUUUUGCUUGCAUAAUAGUGAAUAGCAGUUGCAGGUUUAUGGUGAAGGGAAUUUUCCUUUAGAUAUUGUGGGUCGCUGAAAACGAUUUUGAAAUAUGAAAUAAAGAUUUAAAGGUGAAGUUACUGCUUUAUUAUUUAUUUUUUUUUUCAGGAAUGUUGAGGGAAUUUAAUCUUUUAAUGUCAUUGGCAUAUCUUCAUAGCUAAAGCAAAUUACAAGGUUUAACUACCUGGACAUGUGGGGGGAAAAACUAGUUUAUUCCUGAAAUUUUUGGGUAAAUGUAGAGUUUUCUUUUUAUAAGGCAUUCGAUUUUAAUUUCAUGGAGAAUUAUUGAAAGUUUUACUCUAACUUGGUAACUUCAGAGAAUAGGAUUAAAGACUUUAAAUACUUGAUUCAAUAUUGUGAACAUAGAGAAUUUUCUCAAAUCAAAUAACUGGUGGCUUUAGAUACUCUUUUGUGUUUGAAUUUUUCUCAAUUAUGUGAUCUUGUGAUUUGUGUGCAGCAAUAAUUCAGAUUUAAUCAUUGAAAAACAAUGGUUUUUUAUAUCUGUGUAGUCUUCAUUCCUGUUACUAAAAACAUAUCACCGCUAGAAAUUUAAAAAAUUUUUUGUAUUAAUCUUUUUCUUUGGAGAGAGCUUUCUAGAAUGAAAAUGCUUUUGUUUUGCUAAAAAAAAAAAGAUAUUUAAAAAAAUCUUGACAUUUUAGCAUGUAGAUUUUUUGGAAACUAUAAAAGAACAAGGCAUCAAAUAUUACUGUAUAAUUGUAGAGAAAAAUUGAAAUGAGUAGUUCUCAAUUUGUAGAACAUAGGAUUAUUUUUAGGACUAUAGAAAGGUGUGGUUGUAUACAGCCUGAUCUAUCUUUUGGUCAUUUCUCCUUAACCACUGCCUCUUAUCUGCUGAACUGCAUUCUUAGAAUACACUGGGAGGGAAUUAAUAAAUGGGAAAGAAUAAAAAUUGAUGAUGCAAUCUGUGAAAGCUUGGGUACUCUCAAAAGAAUGAAAAAGUCCAUUUGGUACUUACAAAAUCUAGUUUUCUUAUCUCAGUAACGAAUUUACAUUUUCACCUAAAGGUUGUGAGAGAAUAUAUUAAGGGAAAGUAUGGGAAGAUCAUUUAUUGUGAAAUUUAAAGCAAAGUUUUAAAAGAAAUAUGUUUUAUUAUAUUUAGAUCCAUACAAUAAUCUUAGCUAACAUCCCUAAUGGCAGUGUUUCUCAACUUCUUUUUGAGGAAUUCUGUUAUUAUGAGGUGUAGUGGAUAUUUCCCUAAAAGGGCUUUGAUAAAUUAAUCAGAUCAGUUUGGGAAAUUUAUUUGGUCUAAACAAUUGAGCUAGUUUAUUACUUGGUAUUCUAGUUUAUGUAUGAUAAUGUAAAGUGAAUUUUUAGGAGGAUGUAGUGUGAAGCUCCUCUAACUAACUUGUUCAAACUCUAUUUUAAAGGAAUUUUAGUGGACUAUCAAACACCGUUUGGCAGUUGCUACCUGAGAGAAUCCUCUUACUUAUUUUACUUGGUAACAGAUAUUUUAUACCUUUUCAUUAUUUGUCACUGGGACUUAGAUAGAAGAGUGGUUUCUGGCAUUCCACAGAAGUGCUUCAGGGGCUGCCUAGGGGAGUUCAGGGGGGAUGCCCUGAGUCCCACCGGGCUGGAGCCAAAGCUGUGCUCUGCGACUCUUCUGUUUCAUAUAUUGGAAUUCUGCAUAAGAUUUCAUUUAUAAACCCUCCUCCCCCACCUUUUUUUAAAGGUUGUAGACAUUUAUGUUAGUAAACCCUAGUGAUUUUUAAAUGGCAUCAUAAAAUUUGCCUUAUUUUGGGGCAAAAACAUCUAUAAACUACUUGUUUUAAUGGGAUAUUCAAAUGGAAAGAUUUUAUGCUUUACAUUAAUUAAAUCAUCACUUGUGCUAUUUGGAUCAACAUAUUUAUGUGAUAUUUAAAGAGAAAUUUCAAAGUUUGAUUCUGGUAAGGUAACACUGUACCUCUCCUCUCACCAGUGCUGGUGUAAACGAAACUAGAUGGUUGUAGGUUUUCAGCAGUCAUCUUUCUAUAGCUCUAAAAAUAAUUAUCUGUAAUGAGGGUGCAUGGUUAUUUACCUUUUAAAGAGUACUGACACUGAUUAUUGAAAGCUGGGUUUAUCGGAGGAAAAAAAUCAAGAAAUAUUGGAAUUUUUUAAGGUAAGCAUAUACAAGAAUUUAAGUUAUUUGUAUUUACCAAGCUGAAGUAGAAAUUAAAAAAUUUUUUUUGACUUUUAAAUAGUACUAUCAGAGCAUAUUGGUAAAAACUGGAUUUAUUGGUGAAGUACGUCAAGUAAUUCUAUUCAGAUUUAAAGUUAUGCAAGUAUUUAGGCUCCUUGUACUGACCUACCUAAAAUAAUUAUUUAAACGUUUUUUCAACUAAGCAUGUAGCACAUCUUUAAAAUUAAAUCCCUUUACCUAAUUUUAAAGUUAUAAAUAGCAAAAAUGAGCCUUUUGAAGAUAAAGAUGUUUUUGACCAGUGUUUGAAAUUGUUUCAUAUAUUUUAGAUCUAAUUCAGAUCAAACCCAGGGAAUACUUUCAAACUGUUGGUCUUUUUACUUCUGUGGCAGUGUUUUUAUGAUUUAUAGUGUUGAAUUUCGUAGGGAAUAAUUUUCGUACUAGUUUUAAAAGUAACUGUCAGUGUUCAGGUCUUAAAGUUAGGUUUCUUCAAUGGUACUUCAGAAUAAUUCGAUUGAAAACUCAGAUUUUAAUUGGUAUUGUUAAAGAUGCCAGGUAAUUUGUACAUGUAAAUUAGAGGAAUAAAUUGGAAAACAAGUUUGAGCCAAAAAAGAGGCAUGGAGAAUUAAGAAAAUACUAUAACGUUUUGAAUUUUGUUCAUUUCCUAUCCCUGCUAUCAUUGCCGUUACUUAGUUCAGGUUUUCAUUAUCUUUGCCUGUUGCGGAGAUUUCCUGACUGGUUAUUCUAUAUUGCCAGCUAAGCAGUCUUCUUAAAACUCAAGUCCGAUUGUGUCUAGGACAUGUUAAAGACUGAGAACCGCUUUCUGAUGUGGAUGUGUCUACUGUAAGAGUGGCUUUAAAACAGCUUCGCUCCCCUUUGUCCUCCAUCUUUUGUCAACUUUCCCAAUUAGAUUUAUCCAGGGAAAUAAACAAUUUUUUUUUGAAAAUACAAUAAAUACGUUCCAUAUAUUUUUCUUUCAUGACCUGAAUCUUUGUAUUCAUGUAUGUUUUUUUCAUGCACCCGCACACGUCUCUUGCUCUGUGACUGCUUUUCUGAAUUACCUGCUUAUCUGCCCCCUUCUUUGUACUAGAGUAUUUGCUUUGCUUCAUUCUUCAAUUACAGCACCUACGGCAGUACAGGGUAAAUAUGCCUUCCCUACUAGACUGCGAAGUGCUCCAGGUCAGAGACCUGUCCUUGUUUUUGUCCCAGGUGACUGGCAUGGUAUCUGGCAUAUAGUAGGCAGUCAUUAAUAUUAGGUGAAUGAAUUUGGUUAUCUGGUUUAGGAAAUGAAGAAUUAGGGUUGAUGAAAUAUUCAGAUCAAUUGAGUAUCAUAACACAUUUUUUCUUAAGACAUCCUUAUGAUGUAUGCAGAUGAUACUUUUCUAAAAGUACAAUAUUUUUUAAAUAUUAGAAGAAAUACAUGCAAAUGUUAAAACCACUGAAUGUUAUUUACAUUUUGUUUAUUCAGAAGUCAGUUCAGGAUUUUGAAGUACCUUGGGUUCUUAGUGGAAAGCACUUUUCAUUUUGCUUUAUGCAGAAGCGCUAGCUGUUGUUGGUGAAUAAUGCCAUACCCACUUUUAUUGAAUUUUUAAGACAUUGUACAGUGAUCUUUCUUAGAAAUUUGAUUGAUACAUAAUGAAGUAAAAAUGUAUAUUUGGUUAUUGCAGCUGAAAGGUGCUGAGCUACCACUUAGUUGUAUUAAAAUGUCCUCAGGUUAGAACAGGAGUAAGAACUUUUUCUUACUGUUAACUUUUUUUUCUUGAAAUAUUUUAUCUAUACCACAAAGCUAAAAGAUAAUAGUUAUAAAUGAUUUUGAAAUUUUAAGGAAGAGCUUUUAAUCCUUUUUAUAUUUUAGUAUUUAAAUUAAAAAAAAAAAUAAGUUAAGGGCUAAGUUCUCAUCAUUUGAUAUACCUGUAUCUGUUGCUUUCAAGUUGAUUCCAACUCAUAGCGACCUUACAGGACAGGGUAGAACUGCCCCAUGGAGUUUCUGAGGUGCGCCUGGUGGAUUCAAACUGCAGACCUUUUGGUUAGCAGUCAUAGCAACUAACCACUGUACUACCAGGGUUUCCUACUUUGAUAUAGCGCUUUGCAAUUACAAACUUUUUUUUUUUAAUCUUCAGAACUGCAGCAGAUAUUAUUCCCAUUUUGCUGAUGAAGAUAGUUUUGUAGAAAUUAAAUGAUUUGACGUAAAUGACAUAGAAAGUAGGAGAUUAAAAAAUUGAGCCAGUAUCCUGAGACUACUAUAUCAUACCGCUUUAUACUCUUAAUAUUCAGGCUAGGUUUGAAAUUAUACCUGGUGCGUGGUGAUUCAUUUAUAUUUUAAAGAGACAAGUUGUAUUAGUAAACAUAACUGUCAUUUCCUGUAUAUUUUAUGUGUCUUAAAACAACAAAAAAAAAAAACUAUUGCUGUUGAGUUGGUUCCAGCUCAUAGCAACCCUAUAAUGUGUCUUAAAAAAAAAAAUAAUGUGUCUUAGGCGCUGUAUAUUUCCUUAGAAUCCAUGAGGAAGAAAUUCAGCCUCUUUGGCAUUUCUAGCAAGUACCUCGCCUGGGAUUGGAUCCUAGGUAUUGCAUGGCUUCACUUGAGUACCAUGUUAGAUGGCCUCUCCAGAUUGUUUCUAAAUUUACGCUGUGGGUAAAAAGUCUUUGAAUCUUCUGUGUCAAGUACAUUUAAUUAUAUCUAGUAAUCAUUGUAUCACUUUUCAUAUUUAUACACUACUGUUAUUUUUCCUCUUCCAAUUUGUGUAUGGGGAAAGUACCAAACGUUUCACAUCAGUUUGUUUAAAGGUAGCAGCAUGUCUUUAGAGAACAUAGUAACAUUUCCUUGUUACUAACAAAUUCCUGAAUCAUGAAGGGACUCUUAAAGAGGAUUCUUUGGAAGUAAAUGUUAAGUUGAUUACAUCCCUCCUUUUAGGUUUGAGAAAAAGGAAAAAGUAAAGCUUUGAGUUACUAUUUUCCAUCACCAGUAACUGGAAAUUUUCUUAUUCUUAACUAACAAGGUACAUUUUUCUCAUUGAUAUUCCACUGAGCUAGCAACUAAAAAUUUAUCUUCAAUUUAUUGAUACAUAGGUAAAAACAUUUGUAAUUAAAGUCAAAGUGCUAAUUCAUACAGAGUUGAUUAUAUCCUGCUUUUAAACUGUAAAGAAUUUCCUACAAUUUUUCCUACAAGAACCAAAACCCAAGGCUUUGGUAGAACUAAGGAAAAAUAAUCUUAUUCAGCUAAAAGUACUGAAAGAAUUGGAAAAUAAGCGGUUAGCAUUUUUGAUAAACAGCAGGCCAUUUAUACAGUAAUAUACUCAAGGAUUCUAAUCAGUUCCAAGUUGUAACUGUGCCCCCACGUGUGUCCCAACUGUGUUUCAUGGAGUUUUGAACGGCUGAUUUUUCUAAAGUACAUCAUUCAGGCCUGCCUUCCGAGGUGCUGCUGGGUAAACUCAAGUUUCCAGCUUUUUUGUUAGCAGUCAAGCACAUUGGGCAUUUGCACCACUCAGAGACUCAGUAGUAGUAGCACUUUGAACGUCUCUGUAAUCAGAGAGGGGCAGUGGGACAUCUCUACUUUAUCAGCCAAAGCUGGCUUACUGUUCGGUGGGUAAUUUAACUAAUGGGGCACAUUUUUUUUUUUUUUUUAGGAUUGAAAAAUGUUUGUUUGGGUAACACCUAUUGGAGCACAUUUCAAUAGUUUAUAAACCAUUUAAACCACUAUAACUUAAACUAUUACUUUGACAAAAUCACUAAUUUGGGGGGAACUAAUAAAAGUAAACACUGGGCAUUUUUUUGUUCUGUUGUACAUAGCAUUGCUAUGAGUUGGAGCCGACUCAGCGGCACCUAACAACUAACAGCAACAACAAAGUAAAAGUAAUGAUUUGUAAAGAAUAAUUAUAAAAUUAUAAAAAUAUUUAGUAAAUGCUACCGUACCCAAGUUGUGUCUGACUCAUCCAUAUAGGUAAAAGAAUUUGCAAAAAAAAAUUGUUCCCCGUUAAUCUAGUAGAAUAGGUUUAGGGGAUUUUUUUUUUUUUCGUUCUAGGAAUUAGCCUAGAUUAGGUAAUAAAUUAAACCCGAGGUUGAUAAAUUCAUGCCAUAUUUGUUUGACCCUUGAGCUAACAGUUUUUAAAGAGUUGUUAAAUAUAUAAAACAAAAAAUAUGUGACAGAGACCAGAUGUGUGCCGCAAAGCCUAAAAUAUUUACCCUCUAGCCCUUUAAUUUCCCAACUCCUGAAUUAACUAAGUAGCCCUGGUGGCACAGUGGUUAAAGCGCUAAACAGCCAACCAGAAGAUUGGCACUUUGAACCCACCAGCCACUCCAUAAGAGAAACAUGUGGCAGUCUGCUUCCAUAAAGACUUAAAACCUUGGAAACUGUGGAGCAGUUGGUGCUUCGAACCUGCUAGUGGCUCCACAGGGGAGAGAUGUGGCAGUCUGCUUCCUUAAAGAUUUAUAGCCUUGGAAACUGUGGGACAGUUCUGCUCUGUCCUGUAGGGUCACUAUGAGUCAGAGUCAGCUUGAUGACUGGGUGGGUGGGAACUGAGCUAGGACUGUAGACAAAAUAGGAACUUGAUGUGUAACUGUUGUGCAGAUUUCAGCAUUUUUUUAAUGGCGAAGUAAUAUUCACUGUAAGUUAUUAGUGUGAUUUUAGAAAUAGUUUAUUAUGAAGGAUGAACUUAAAAACUGUCUACCUGGUGUGCUUUUCCAGUCCCACAGCCAGGCAAGGACUUACUGAAGUCAGAUAUCAUUGCCAGCAUUCAAAAUUAAAAUGUAGAAACUUCAUUACCUCCAUAUUCAGCCCAGCUCUCCUGCUCUCCCCAUAUAUCUAUAUAGAUAUAUAUAUAUCUUCACUUUCCCUGUGUUGUCUUUUUCACUUAAGUGUAGGUUUUCUCUUCUCUGAGUAUCUUAUAACAGUGUUUUUUACAAUGUAACUGUUGGUUGGAAUUGUGAAAUGAAAGAAAAGGAUGUGUUUAAUUCUGUUUAAAGACGGUGGCUAAAAGUUCAGUUUAUUUUUAUUAAGUUUCUGUUUAGAAUUUUGUAUCACGUUGACUUGUCAGUAUGAAGCACUAUGAAUAUAGUUUUAUUUUUAGCCUAUAUUUUAGUGAUUUUACACACACGUGUGUAUGCCUUCAUACCUACUAAAGUUUACUGUAUUUCUCAAAUAUUUUUUCUUUGAAAACCAGUUGGUGGUUUUGAGCUUCUUGCAGAAUUGUUUUUGUUGUUGUGUGCCAUCAAGUCAAUUCUGACUCAUAGUGACCCUGUAGACAGAGUAGAACUGCCCCAUAUAUUACACUCUUUACGAGGGCAAAUCACUAGGUCUUCCAUGGAGUGGCUGGUGAGUUGAACUGCCAACCUUUUGUUAGCAGCUGAGUGAUGAACCAUUGUGCCACCAGGGCUCAUCUCCUCUUUGUAGUUGUAUUUAAUUAUAGCGGUCAGUAUUUCCAGUGUUGAUCUCCGUAAUGAUGCCACUAUUGUGUUCCUUUGUUUCCUUCGUACUAAUAUUGUGAACAUUCUCUGAGUAUAUUUUCAAAUAUAGCUUAUAAUUAUCCAAUAUAGUUUAAAGAAUAUGCUGAACUACAUAAGUUAAUAGUAACAUGAAUUUUCAGGCUUGAAUAUAGUAAAAUACAUGUAAUAAGUAUAUUUGAAAAAUCUUUUUUUUCUUUAAACAGUAGUAAGUUAUAGUUUUUUUUUUGGUGGUGGUGGUAGUGGUGAAGUCCAAGCUUAUUGGAAAUAAUACCCGGUAAAACUUUAUCAGCUUUUUAGUUCUUUUGAGAAUCAUCUCAAAACACAACAUAUUAAAUUAGCUUUCUCAUGGACAGUGAAUAGUUAAAACAGUUGCAAGGUGUUUCACAAGCAUAGUAAUAAUAAAUAGCAGCAAUAAUAAAGUAAUUACAAUAAUAAUAAAGCAUCCCAGUUUUCAAUGAUAAGCUUUUAAAAAAUAAUUUAUAGUAAACUUAAGGUAGUAUCCAUGAUGUUGUUAUCACUCAUUUAUAUUGAUACACUUUCUUGAAUGGGAAAGCAGCUGCAGAAUAGUCCCAGUCAUUAUAUAUAAUUCACAUAUAAAGGAGGUGACUAGUAAGUCUUCAAAGUGGUGUUGACCCUUGGAAGGAAAUGCUAGUUGUUCUGACCAGAUCUCAGCUGAUUUUUACACCUUGCUUAAGUAUGCAUUUCAAAGCUCUGUGACUUUAAAAUCAUGCCUAAACCAAGGAUUGAAAAUCUACUAUCAGAUACUUAUUUGGCAUAAAAAAAACAUUUUUAAAGGAAACCCUUAAAAUAUUUAUUUUUUACAUUGAUUAGUAAUAAAUCUGAGUGUGUGUGUGUAGAAUUUGGUGCCUUGAUUUUUGGCAGAUCACUAAAUGAAUGACCAUUUAAUAAUAUGUACUGUUAAAGUUGAUCUAAUUGCAAUGAUUCUGAUCAGGAAGGUAACAAGUGUAUUGUGUAAAAUUUAAAAAUAGAGGCAAGUACACAGAAAAAAGGGUACCUGUUAUUCUACCAUUAGGAAAGUAUGGUAAGGGUUUUAUUUUUUUUCAAAAUGAAAACAAAUUUGGGUCAUGCUUUAGGGCAUAAUCUUUGACCUUUUUCUUCCCCCCUCGGUGUGCGCGCUUCCUCAUUUUAUUUUUUUUCGUUAUGAAAGUACAGUAUUUAAUAGCUGAACUGAUUUAAUCAUAUAAGCUGAUAAAAUAAUUCAUAUAUCAUUUGGCAGUUUCUAAGUUUUAUUCUUGAAUGUUAAUUUUUUAAUACAGCAGGUGUUUAAAAAUACAGCUGGCUGUUAAUGAUAAAAUUGUACCUGCAAAAUCUAUAAAUCUGCUUUUUGUAGAAAUUACAGUAUUUUUAAAUGUUUCCAGAGGAGCUGACUCUCGAAACAGAAAUAAUCCCCUCAGAAAACCUUAGUAACAGCUAUCCACCAAUGUCAGAUCCGUAUAUGCCUAGUUACUAUGCUCCAUCCAUUGGAUUUCCAUAUUCUCUUGGUGAAGCAGCAUGGUCUACAGCUGGAGACCAACCUAUGCCAUAUCUGACAACCUAUGGACAAAUGAGUAAUGGAGAACAUCAUUAUAUACCAGAUGGUGUAUUUAGUCAACCUGGGGCAUUAGGAAAUACCCCUCCAUUUCUUGGUCAACAUGGAUUUAACUUUUUUCCUGGUAAUGCUGAUUUCUCUACAUGGGGGACAAGUGGAUCUCAGGGACAAUCAACACAAAGUUCUGCUUAUAGUAGCAGUUAUGGCUAUCCACCUAGUUCUCUUGGGAGAGCUAUUACUGAUGGACAGGCUGGAUUUGGCAAUGAUACUUUGAGUAAGGUGCCUGGCAUUAGCAGUAUUGAGCAAGGUAUGACUGGACUGAAAAUUGGUGGUGACCUGACAGCUGCAGUGACAAAAACUGUAGGUACAGCCUUGAGCAGCACUGGUAUGACUAGCAUUGCAACCAAUAGUGUGCCCCCAGUUAGCAGUGCAGCGCCUAAACCGACCUCCUGGGCUGCCAUUGCCAGAAAGCCUGCCAAACCUCAACCGAAACUUAAACCCAAGGGCAAUGUGGGAAUUGGGGGUUCUGCUGUGCCACCACCUCCUAUAAAACACAACAUGAAUAUUGGAACUUGGGAUGAAAAGGGGUCAGUGGUAAAGGCUCCACCAGCCCAACCAGUUCUGCCUCCUCAGACUAUAAUCCAGCAGCCUCAGCCAUUAAUUCAACCACCCACAUUGGUGCAAAGCCAACUGCCUCAACAGCAGCCUCAGCCACCACAACCACAGCAGCAACAAGGACCUCAGCCACAGGCCCAGCCUCACCAAGUACAGCCCCAGCAGCAGCAGCUGCAGAAUCGCUGGGUAGCUCCUCGUAACAGGGGAGCAGGCUUCAACCAGAGCAACGGAGCGGGCAGUGAAAACUUUGGUUUAGGUGUCGUUCCUAUCAGCGCUUCACCUUCUGGUGUAGAAGUGCAUCCCGUGCUGGAAAAGCUAAAGGCCAUAAACAACUACAAUCCCAAAGACUUUGAUUGGAACCUGAAGAAUGGACGUGUGUUUAUAAUCAAAAGCUAUUCUGAAGAUGAUAUACAUCGUUCCAUUAAGUACUCUAUCUGGUGUAGUACUGAGCAUGGUAAUAAGCGUUUGGAUGCAGCUUACCGCUCCCUGAAUGGGAAAGGCCCACUCUAUUUACUCUUCAGUGUGAAUGGUAGUGGACAUUUUUGUGGAGUGGCCGAGAUGAAGUCAGUUGUGGACUACAACGCAUAUGCUGGUGUCUGGUCUCAGGAUAAGUGGAAGGGCAAAUUUGAAGUUAAAUGGAUCUUUGUCAAAGAUGUUCCCAAUAACCAAUUACGGCAUAUUCGUUUAGAAAAUAAUGACAACAAACCAGUUACCAAUUCAAGGGACACUCAAGAAGUACCCCUAGAAAAAGCUAAGCAAGUGCUUAAAAUAAUUGCUACUUUCAAGCAUACCACCUCAAUCUUCGAUGACUUUGCACAUUAUGAAAAGCGUCAAGAAGAGGAGGAAGCCAUGCGUAGGGAGAGAAAUAGAAACAAACAAUAACCAUAUGGAGAUACCCUGUUAGAAUUACAACACUAAUGACGUAGACUCUGGAAAUGUCUAAUAAGUCAAAGAAGACGUUGUUAAAGCUUUUUUCUGCUUAAGGUGACAUCUUUGAACACUCUAACCACGGAAUUGACUCUUCUUGUACUGGUUUUCAUCAGCGCGUCUGCCCUCAUACUCUCACCAAACACACUUGAGAACUGUAACUUCGUCAAGCACUUUCUGUCCUGAAGCUUUUACCAGUAUCUGCUGUCUUUUGUAAUUAUGCAUCCUAGCUAAGGCACAGAAGACUGAAUGAAUGCAAGGAUUCAUUAACUCUUUGAAUUUGUUAAAUACUAACAGUUAACCAUAAGAAGUGGUUCAAUGAUGUAAGAGUCACACUGCUUCAACUUUUUCUUUGUCGUAGUUUUUAAAUUGUCAAUUUUUAGCUGUUUGACAGAUUAAAAGCAAAAUAAUCACGCCAUAUUUAGUCCUGGAGUCAAGUCUAAAUGUUCAUGUGGAAAAUUAUUGUAGUAAAUUUUAAUAUGGCGAAGCAACCUUAAGCUCUAUUUUAGCCAAAUGAAACAUAAUCUGAAAUUAUAUUAGAGCAUUUCCCUUGUCUUCAAACUGUUUGGUGUAACAAAAUACUGACAUGCAGCCUGGUGGAUUUCACCAGCCAAUGCACAUUCUCCGCUCCCCCCCAUAACGUGUAUACUGAAAAAUGUGCAUUUGUCUGAGGAGUUAUUUUGUUUGCUACCACUUAAUGAAUCUCAAAAUUUUGAGUAAAUGUACCUCAGUCUAAUCAGACUUUUUAUGACCUUUAUAACUACAUUUAAAACCCUUAAUUCCUAUUUCUGGGUGUUUGCGAGCCUGAUUGCUAUCAUGAAGUAAAAAUUUAUUACUCUAGAUAUUCACUAGCAAAAUAAACAUAGUUCUUGUUUAGCAAGCAUAUAUACUGUUCCUCCACUUUUUUCUCCAGCUUUUGCAGUGUCCUGGCAUCCUUAAAAUAUUUGAAAAUAUGGCCUUGAUCCAUGGAUUAAAUCAGUAUCUAAGUGAAUGUGUUGAUGUUUUAUUGAUCAGAGCUAUAUAAAUGGGAAUACAGCAUAUAUCUGGGUAUUCUUCUAGUUAUCUUUUUCUAACAUCUUAUUUUUUUCAUUAAUUACAUAUCAACAUUAAUUUUGUAUCUUGAAACAGAUUGAUUUUGUAUAAUUGAAUGUGUCAAGCAUCUGUAUUAACUGAUUUGAUGGCAUAAAGUUAUGAAGAUAAUGUACUGCCCCUUACAUUACUGUUCUGAAAGGAGAAAGCUGUAUAGAAAGAUGAUUUGUUAAGGGUGAAAAUAGCAAUACAGUAGAUCUGAAUACCUUGAUGUUUUGCAUUAUUCCACUUAUGUUUACAUCAUGUUUCGAAAUAUUUUCAUUUACUAUGGUCUUUGGUCACCUCAGUUCAACAAAUUAGUGACAUAUUUCUUUGAGGCUUUCGUUUAUAUAAUUUUUUUGUACAAUGUUUUCUUAAAGUAUGCAAAUACUGUAGUCAAGUAAAAAAAUUACAGUAUUUGGAGAUAACCAUAGCUACUUCACAGUUCUUUGGUAGUCCCAGAACAGUUAUAUCAGUGUUCACUGAAGGGAACAUCAAAAUACAGUAUAUUACAAAAUAAAGACUUUCUUAAAGGAAAAUUGCACCUAUUUUAUCUUCUUAAGGGUUUAAGAAAUAAGCCAUGAAAUCUUGUUAAAUGUCUUUUAGCUAUUUAUAAUGAAAAUCGGCAUUUGGGUAUAGUCACGACAGCAAUGUUCUGCGUCCCUAAGGUUAGAUAUAUAUAUAUAUAUAUAUAUAUAUAUAUAUAUAUAUAUAUGUAGAUUGGGUGUGUCAGAGAUGACCGUUGUCACUCUGGAGGCCCUAUUAGAGAAAACCGGAAAGGGGUGACCUUGUAGGAAGGAUCUGAGUCUUCUCCCUGAAGGAUCUCUUUUUCUUGGUGCUUAUUAGCAACUCCGAAUAUUUUUAUAAAAAUCGUUACAUUAUAAAUGGAUUAAACUUGUUUAAUUUGCAAUAGGUUUCUAUGUGAGAAGUGUCAUGAACACUUAGCAAGUGAGCUGAUUGCAGUAGUAGACUCAGAAAUGUCCAAUGUGAUUGAAUAGUCUGUUCAUGGUGAGGAGUAUAUCCCAGUGCCUUUAACCUGAAUUUCUAAUCUUAAGUGAAAUAGGUGCAGCAUUCCUUUGGAAACAAACUUUGUUUUCUUUUCAAUUGGUAAUGUUGUGUUUUUCUCAUUUAAGUUUUCUCCAGAAUGCCCACCUUCUCUUCCUCCUUAUUUUGUCAAGGUAUUGCAAGAUGUUUUUCCCCUAAGUGAAAUUAUCACAGGUUGUCUCAAUAGCACAACUAACUGAAUGUUUCUUAACUCCUGUAGAUACCAAAAGGGAGAGAACCUUGGCUCUACAGGAGGCACAUAAGCAAAUGUUUGAGUAACCACAAAUUGAGAAAUUAUUGGCCCAGUAAAUUUCUUGCUUAAUGUUUUUCCAAGUUCUGGUUAUGAAUGUUUCUUAUUAAAGCUAUGUGGGUAUUUUAUUUUGAAAGGUAUUAUAGUUUGUAUAUUUAACAGUAAAGGGGAAAAUGUAACCAAAAUUAGUAUUCUUUCUCUAUACAUGUUGGUACUUGAAGAUUCCUUUAAAAAAAAAAAAAAAAAAACCCAGGCUUUUCCUAAUUUCAGUACUUAAUUCCUUAAUUUAAGUGAUCUUUCUAAUUCAAAAGCUGCGUUCUUUUUGAAUACCAUGCAUGGGGGUUAAGCUGAUGUUAAAACAGUUUGCAAUAAAAAAAAAAAAGAAUCAGCU